AUGGCUCGACAACUCCCAGACUGGACAGUGGUCGACUUUAUCCAUCGGGGCCCCUGGUGGCGGAAUCGAGGUAUCUUAUGGCUGAACCUGUGCCUGAUAUUGCCUCUCCUCACUUCUUCUGCAAACGGACUCGAUUCAUCGCUGAUCAACGGUUUACAAAUAUUGCCCGAUUGGCAGCACUUUUUCAAUUUUCCACAUGGGAAAACGCUGGGUCUCAUCAACUCGGCGCAGAGCAUUGGUGGUCUUGCUGGCCUCCCGCUCACACCAUUCGCGUCUGAUAUGCUUGGACGUCGUGCUGCACUAUUCCUCGGCUCUAUUGUCAUGCUCGCAGGCGUCGCUCUUCAACUUGCUGCCUGGAAUGUUACAGUUCUAAUCUGCGCUCGCAUUAUAAUUGGUUUCGGCUUGACCUUUUGCUUGAACGCUGCUCCCUUGCUACUCAUAGAGUUAGCUUAUCCCACCCAACGAGGGAAGAUCACAGCUCUCUAUAACACGAACUGGUACCUCGGCUCAAUCAUAUCCUCGUUCAUAUGCUUUGGAGCGUCUUAUACGACUAUCACCGGUAAUAACUGGGUUUGGAGAGCACCAACGCUCGUGCAAGGAGGAAUUCCGUUUCUACAGGUUAUGCUUGUCUGGUUCAUCCCUGAAUCCCCGCGUUUCCUCAUGUCCAAAGGCCGCGAAUCACAAGCAGAAAAAAUCCUAAACAAAUACCAUGCCAACAAUUCUGACGAACCCCAUCCUCUCGUCCAGUUUGAACUCGCCCAAAUCAGACACGCACUGCGAUUGCAGGAGGAAAUCGAGCGUGGAACGUCGUAUUGGAGUCUCUUCUCUACUCCCGGAAAUCGCAAGCGGAUGCGCAUCAUCAUUGCCAUUGCUCUCUUUUCUCAAUGGUCUGGCAACGGAUUAGUCAGCUAUUACAUCAAUCUUGUCUUGGACGGCGUUGGGAUCCAUGGGACCAAAACCAAAACCAGUAUCAAUGCCGGUCUCCAGGUUUUCAACUUCAUUGUUGCCGUUUCCGCCUCCUUCCUCGUCGAUUUUCUGGGAAGAAGAACGUUAUUCCUCAUCUCCAACGCUGGAAUGCUAUUUGCAUUUGCCCUCUGGACAACAACCGAAGCCAUUUUCAACAGCAUGCACAAAACCGCCGCUGCCAAAGCAACCAUUCCCGUCAUUUUCAUUUUCUACUUUUUCUAUGAUCUGGCCUAUACCCCAAUGCUAGUGGCGUAUACACUGGAAAUUCUGCCCUACAAAAUACGCGCCAAAGGUUUUGCCUUCAUGGUACGUGUCCUCUUGCUCUCUACUUUUCGGUCGUCGACCUCUGAGCAGAAUCUCGUGGUGUUUCUGACAUCUGCUUUCAACCAAUUUGUGAACCCGUGGGCUAUUGAUGCGAUCGGAUGGAUGUACUAUCUGGUCUACCUUGGUUGGCUAGUCCUGGAGCUCAUCUUCAUCUACUUUUUCAUCGUCGAGACGAAAGGUCGGACUCUCGAAGAAACAGCCAUUAUUUUCGAUGGCGAGCAGCGCCAAGAAGACCUUGCGCAUAUGGGAGGUGAGGCAGCAACUACCCAUCUCAGCCGGGCCAUCGUGUUGCAAGAGCGGUCGUCAAGGUCGAUCAAACAGGAGCACGACAACAUGGCGGGCGUUGAACCGCUGAGCUCUUCGGAGGAAGGUUCAAGCGAUUUGGACAAACGACGGCAGUCGUUGGCGCUCAGCAUGAUGACCACCGACACGACAAAUUCUAUGAACUGGCUAAAACGCCAGGAGGUUUCGUACGAGCAUUAG